AUGGGAUACAUAAAAACACCUCAAGUUGCCAGCUUACGGCGGGGCUUUGAAAUGGAGAAAAAAGCUAAGCAGGCAUUCAGAGAGCUCGAGUCGCCAAAACACGCGGACUUCAAUGUUAGAGAAUGUGGUCUCGUUGUUGCAGGAAACACGCCUUUUAUUGGUGCAUCUCCAGACGGUAUAGUGUCCUGUGCAUGCUGUGCGCAAUCAGUGCUAGAGAUAAAAUGUCCUGCAUCAAUGAAAGCGUAUUUUGUGGUUUUCACAGGAUCUUCAUUGACGACAGAAGUCAUAGCUUUUGACGAGAGCUUUUGGGCACAUGCUAAAGUCAAGGCAGAACAUUUUUUUUUCAGUAACAUAUUCCCAGAGCUGCAGUCAAUGCGUAUCUUCAAACAGAUUGAACGUGCAAAGGAAACGUGUCAUUGCAAUGGCAGCAAAUCGGGAAACAUUGUUGAAUGCUCUUUCUGCCAGGCAACAUUUCACCUGAAGUGUGUAAAACUUAGACGUACACCUCGGCAGUGGGCGUGCGCCAAUUGCCAAGGUAUUGGUUGCACUGAUGACAAGUAAGCACAGUGUUAGUUUUUUGCACUGUUCCUCUCAAGUGUUAGGAUAAAUAUUAGGAUUUCCACAUGGCAUUGAACCACUGUCCAACAACAUAUUUAGUU